GCGCUUCUGCUCACAGGUGAAGAGCGCGCGCAUAGUCACAUACAUACCGCGUUAAUCGAAGCAAUCUGAAUGAUAGCAGAGAGGAUGUAGUGAAGAAAGAAGUCCAAACAGAGUCUAAAGAAGGAUUUAAUACUUUUGUGGAGGAGAAAGUUGGUGCGCCAUGGAGAGCAGCAGCAUCAUCAGCUGAAAGCAUCAUCAUCCUGGUCAAGAUGAGAACAUUUGGACUUCUGUGGAGCUGUUUAGGCUUUCUUCACGGCGUUCAGUGCGGUUUGGGAGACAACCAUGUGCACUCGAGCUUUAUUUACAGGCGCUUGCGGAACCACGAGCGCCGCGAGAUCCAGAGAGAGAUCCUCUCCAUCCUGGGCUUGCCUCACCGACCCAGGCCGUUCUCCCCGGGCAAGCAGGCGUCGUCCGCGCCGCUCUUCAUGCUGGAUCUCUACAACGCGAUGACGACGGAAGAGGAGAACGAGAUACUGGGGAAAUCGCUCGCGGGGAAAGUGCGUAAAAGCGCGCCCGGAGCUCCGCACGGAUAUUCGCGCGCGCCACCGCGUGUUCCGCAGCCGCAACACUCCCGCGCCGCGCCGCUCAGCAGCCAGAGCCCGCCGCUGGCGAACGCGCACGACACAAACUUUCUUAAUGAUGCGGACAUGGUCAUGAGUUUUGUCAAUCUAGUGGAGCGGGAUAAGGAUUUCUCCCACCACAGGCGACACUACAGGGAGUUUCGCUUUGACCUGACUCAGAUCCCAGAAGGUGAAGCGGUGACCGCUGCUGAGUUCAGGAUUUAUAAGGAUCAAAGUCACAUCAGAUAUGAGAACAUCACGCUGAAGGUCACCAUAUAUCAGGUCAUCAAAGAAUAUCCAAACAGGGAUCCUGACACGUUUCUGUUGGACUGGAAGAAGAUCCGCGCUACUGAUGGAGGAUGGCUGGUGUUUGACAUCACGGCCACCAGCAAUCACUGGGUCCUGAACCCGCAGCAGAACAUGGGCCUUCAGCUGUGUGUGGAGACCACCGAUGGUAGAAGCAUCAACAUGAAAUCUGCUGGCAUCAUCGGCAGGAACGGACCUCAGUCCAAACAGCCGUUCCUGGUGGCUUUUUUCAAAGCCAGCGAGGUUUUGCUUCGUUCUGUGAGAGCCACGGGAAGCAAGAAGAAGAGCCACAACAGAAACAAAAGCAAAACACAAGCGAAAUCAACACCAGCUCUCAAAAGCGGAGAUCAGAACACCAGUGAACAGAGGCAAGCCUGCAAGAAACACGAACUCUACGUCAGCUUCCGGGAUCUGGGAUGGCAGGACUGGAUUAUUGCUCCAGAAGGCUACGCUGCCUUUUACUGUGAUGGAGAAUGUUCAUUUCCACUGAACGCACAUAUGAAUGCCACGAAUCAUGCCAUUGUGCAGACCUUGGUCCAUCUGAUGUUUCCGGAUAACGUGCCAAAGCCUUGCUGUGCUCCGACCAAACUGAACGCCAUCUCUGUGCUGUAUUUCGACGACAGCUCCAAUGUUAUUCUGAAGAAGUACAGGAAUAUGGUGGUGCGGUCCUGUGGGUGUCACUGAGAGAAGACGGUGUCGUAUUGCUGGAUUUAAGAACAUAUCAAGAGAAAUAGUUUUGAGAUUUGAUGUACAGUAUUAUGUAUAUAUUAGCUCAUAAUUCCUCUUAUUUAUUUGGCUUUGUUUUGUUAUAAGAUGUAGUUCAGUUAUAACCUGGUUACCACUCUCACCACACAUUCAUGGCUCAUUGCUGUUUCUCUCAGAGUAUUUCAAUGAGGUGAAAAAGUUAGAGAGCGUCUUAUAAACGUCCUUUGUUUCAAAGACAUCAUCAAUUCAUCAGCGACCACUCCAAAAAACAAAACUGCUGCUAUUGUACGACAGAAAUGUAAGCAAACAAAGAACAGCCAUAUUGAAAUUUGCAAACCAAAACAGUUUUUCUUUAAUUUAGUCAUUGUAGUAUUGUUUUAAAAGCACUGAGAAUGUCUUAGGACUCUGUAGUACAUAUUUCCUCAAGCAGCCCAAAGUAUUGCAGCCCGCAGUUACUGAUGAUGUUAGUUUGCUGUAGAUGUCAGUGGGUGGAUAUGCAAAAUCAAAUAUUCUUUCUCCUUAUAUACACACACACACUUGUAUUUGUACUCUGAGUAAUAUAUUUUUGGGAAGAUAUUGCAUUUAUUGUUUUAGAACCAUGUUUGUAUGUCAUUAAAUCUAUUUUCCAAUAUA